AAGGGAGGCCAUGCCCUUAGAUCAGCCAACCACCACCAGCAAACCUCCCCGUCAGACCCAUGUAGCCACCGCAUCCCAAUGCCACGCACCGCGGAGGGUUUUCUUCCUACGCCUGAGGCGCCAUAAAAAGCUACCCACAGUUCGACUUGGUGGGAAGAAACCACGGCGAGGGCUUUUGAUAGUGAAAGUUUUGAAGAAGAUGAGGCUAAGGUGGCUGAGGUUGCAGUAUAGCUGCAUGUUGAGGAAGAUGAAGAAAUAUUACGACGAUUUGGUUAAGGACCUCGUUGAAGCUGGUUCAACCGUGGAGGCUUUACAUCAAAGAAUGUUUAUGGAGUCCACUUUCGCUGUCCCUGUCAUGGGUGUUUCCUUCGCUAACUACCCUUCCGCCACUGGAUCAGAUCGUCCUCGACCCUGUUUCUUUUGAAUCAUUUUAGUAUUUUUUUUUUCUGU